GUACCGCGACACAGGCGGGAAUGACGUCGAAACCGCUCCGACACAUGUCGCUGCUGUAAAAAUGCGUUAGCUCUGACUGAAAUUUGAAGAAUUAAUUUGGAAUAUUGUGGUUAUCCAAUGUUCGUGUUGCCAUCCUUGUAAAAAUGUUAUUAGAAGCGGUGGACGCGGAUGAAACGACUGUCUUUCAAGAGGUUGCCGCCUCUGUGCAGGUUCAGGUGGAGCCGGUGGGCCGCUGGUUCGAAGCAUAUGUGAAGAGGAGAAACCGGACCGUGUCGACCUCCUUUCAGGAGUUGGAGGAGGAAGAGGAGUCCUCUGAGGAGUCGGAUGAUGAGGAUUUUCAGUUGGAAGAGCAUCCCAUGCUCCGAACGCUCGAUCCAAAAGACUGGAAGAAUCAAGACCACUACGCCGUCCUCGGUCUUCCGCACCUGAGAUACAAAGCCACUCAAAAACAGAUCAAAGCUGCCCACAAAGCCAUUGUGUUGAAGCACCAUCCGGACAAAAGGAAAGCUGCAGGCGAGCAGAUUUCGGAAGGCGACAAUGACUAUUUCACGUGCAUCACCAAAGCGAUCGAAACCCUGUCUGACCCUGUGAGACGGCGAGCCUUCGACAGCGUCGAUCCCACAUUUGAUAACAGCGUGCCCUCCAAGGGGGAAGGCAAAGAAAACUUCUUCCAGGUGUUUCCCGCUGUUUUUGAGAGGAAUUCCCGGUGGUCGACCAAAAAGCAUGCACCCAGCAUCGGCACGACAGAGUCUUCCUUUGAAGAAGUGGAUAACUUCUACUCCUUUUGGUACAAUUUUGAUUCCUGGAGGGAAUUCUCGUACCUGGAUGAAGAGGAGAAGGACAAGGCUGAGUGUCGAGACGAGAGGAGAUGGAUCGAAAAGCAGAAUCGAGCUUCCAGAGCUCAGAGGAAGAAGGAGGAGAUGAUCAGAAUACGAACGCUAGUUGAUACGGCCUACAGUUGCGAUCCGAGGAUCAAGAGGUUCAAAGAGGAGGAGAAAGCCCGCAAGGAGUCCGAGAAGAAGGCAAAAGUCGAGGCCAAGAAGAAAGAGCAGGAAGAAAAGGAGCGAGUCCGCCAGGCUGAGAUGGAGGCGGCUCGUUUGGCCAAGGAAAAAGAAGACGAAGAAGCCAAGCAGGCGGCCCAGCUGGCCAAGAAGGAAAAAGACAUCCAGAAGAAAGCCAUGAAGAAGGAGAGGCAGAAGCUCAGAACUUCCUGCAAGAACUGGAAUUACUUUGCGGACGGCGAGGCCGAAAACGUGAAGAUGAUGGAGGAGGUGGAGAAGCUCUGUGACAGGCUCGAACUCGCCAGCCUGCAGAGCCUCAAUGAAAUCCUGGCCUCCGCUUCAAAGGAGGACAGCAAAGUGGCGGUUGAGAAGCAGGUGCAGGAGGUGAACGUGCAGCUUCAGAGGGAGCGGGACGCCGAGGUGCAGGCGAUGCAGGCCUCUCGCGGCGCCGAGCAGGCCGGCGGAGGCGGAGCAGUGGGCGGGGGUGGCGGCGGGAAAGGUUGGAAUGAGGAAGACCUCCAAUUGCUCAUUAAGGCCGUCAACCUCUUCCCGGCUGGAACCAACGCCAGAUGGGAAGUUAUUGCUAACUAUAUGAAUCUGCACUCCACAAGCGGCAUGAAGAGGACAGCCAAAGACGUCAUCAACAAAGCCAAGAGUUUGCAACGGCUUGGUAAAUAGACAAACACACUUAGAUUUGGUCUGACAUAUUUCUGCAUCUUUUAUUAAUUAUUUACCAUUGUGUGGGGUGCGGCUCCUU